AUGCAGAAGGUUAUCCAGAGGGCUGCAACAGCCCGGAAGCAGGCGCAAAAGAAGGUUUACCGGGCCCAGCAAGCCGUCAAAGUUGUGGACCGCCAGCAGGUCCUCCGGCAACGGAAGGAUUACAACAGAGCUCUGAUCACUGGUCUGAAAGAGUCGCGGGAUGCCCGCUGGGAGGACUGGGAGAAGGGAUCUCUGGCUCCGAUGCGACAUGUCGGACCCGACGCGACUAGGUACGGUGCGGUUGACGUCUCCUUGAUGCACCCCCCCGGCCAUCCCCAAGCACCUCCGCCGGAAAGAGAUCCUGUUCGCCGAAGGAGACCGAGUCUGGGUCGGGAUAAGGGCAAGAUCAAUGAAAUUACUCAGAUCAAUGUGGAGAGUGAGACUGUCAUCAUCAAAGAUGUCAACAUGGCCGAAGUCACCGUCCCUGAAUUUGCAAAACUUUCCAUGGGAAUCUCCACCGACACCGUUGCCCAGGGCAUGCCAGUGUCCAUGAAUGAUAUUCGACAUGUCGUUGCCCUCGAGAUGGAAGACGGAACUAAAGAUCACAUCGUACAGCACGCUUACGGUGGUCCUCCGUACCUGGAGCGAUUCCACGACAGCAAGCUUCCUCGCUUUUCUCGCUACAUCGCUGGAUUGGACAUUGAAAUUCCGUGGCCUGCUGAGGAGCCACCCCAUGCCGAGGUCGCAGAGUGUGACACAAGAGGAAAUGAAGUGGCAGACGUGUCUUGGGUUCCUUCUAUGGACGAGUCGCCUUUUCCGUCCAGCGUUAUUGAUGAACUGCGCAACAAAUACUCCAGAUUCCGAACACGGCACGACCCCGAGUAUGUGAAGGAGAAGGUGAUGGAGGAAUACCGACAGGAAUACUUGAAGAGCCAGUCAUUAUUGACCCCCAAGGGUGAGAAGAAGCUGGCGACGGCCAAUGCCAGUAUGGCAUCCAAGUUGGCAAAGCUGGAUGCCAAUGGCAAUGUGGUCAUGGACAAGGAGACCAACGACUUUAUCAGCCGCUUCAUGGGGAUGAAUGCGACAAAGUCCAGCAAGUCCACCAAUUCUCAGGCUUCCGCUUGA